AUGCGCUUUGUAUUGUCGGCCCAAGCAACCUCAGAUGAAUACUUUGUGCAAACAACUUCUGGUCCAAACGAGGGACAGUGGACAUGUAAAUUAUGUACCGCACGAACCUUCAAAGACAAAAUCAAACACAGCAAAUUAAAAACUCAUAUUGACCAAGUACGAGUCGAGCUGGAAAGAGUCUCUGCGUCUGAGCCCGCCGCGGCACCUCAGGGUUUAGGCUCUCGAACCGCCCUUGCGAACACUUUUACAUCGUCAGGUUCGAUGUUUCCUGAGGAGGAAAAUACGCCAGCGGAUAUCCAAGAUAAUGACAUGGAUAUCUUUGAAGAUGGCCUGGCUGAAAGCUCUGAUGAGCUGGCAUCAUUAUAUGAUCCCUCGCAUCCGAUCGACUUUGGAUUUAACCAUUCUCGAUCUAGGUCCAGUCUGGACCUAGAAGACUUUCUUGACAACAGUUCGGAUGCCGAAAGCGAUUCACGGCCAACGGUUGAGCUUCAAUCCGAACCGGCUGCCACAGACACAUGGCUUCCGUGGUACCCUUUACGAAAGGCAGAGCACGCUGCUGCUCUAUUGAUGUUGGGCACCGGGCGAAACUUAAUGUCUACCGCAGAGUACAACCGCAUCCGCUCUAUUUUGAAGAGAAUUCUUGAAGUGGAUCUGCCAGAUCUGGGCCACAUCAAGAAUGUUCGCACCGACCUCAAGGAUCGCCUUGGCCUGCGGGUGUUGGAAAGCAUAAGCCCGCUUGGGAACCCAUGUUUCACACUCUCAGUUUGUGAUAUCAUAUCACAAGAGCUGAGUAACCCAGAAGUUGGCCCUCAUAUAGAAUUUUUCCCUGAAAAAGACGAAGGGGUCACGGUUGACCGUUAUUCACAAUCAAAGAAGUGGCGUGAAGACCUGCCUCCAAGUCUUCGAGUACCCAUGGUUAAUGUAGAAGGGGAACACUUUUACAUAUAUGAACCCACCCAGCUGGAAGACUCGCGUGUGGUUGUUCCAAUUUUUUUUUAUAAAGAUGAGUUGGCUAUCCGUGCAAAGUGCUUGAAGUUAGAGGUGGUUCAAGGGACUUGUGAUUUCUUGAUUCCUGCAAAGCCAAGAUUUGACUCGGAUAUAUUUUUGGAUGUAAACGUCCAAACAUUCGCAACAUCAUUCCUGCAAAUAGAAUUGUGGAAUGGUCAGAAAUGGUCAGAAUUGCUGAACACUCGCUUACUGCCUGAACAAAAUCUCCUCUUAUAG